UUAAAAAUUUAUAAACAAUGUGCGCGCCAUCGCAAGGUGUUAUGAUUCCAUACGGGCUGAAAAUUCCAUCGCCAUAUUUUCCGUUCGGACCUAGCGGAAGUCUGUCGCAAGUCCAUCUGUCGGCGCUGGACUUCCAGAGAACCCAACUCAACGACUACAACGUUCGCGUCCAGUUGGGGUUGAGGAAUUACCAGAACUCGAUGGCACUGUCGCCGUUUCAAGCUUACAUCACAGACCCCUAUUCGCAGGCUUACUUUUAUAAACACGACCCCCGGGCUAGGUUUGUACAGGAAGAACCCAAACCUAGCCAUAGUUACAUAGGUUUGAUAGGAAUGGCGAUACUCAACUCGAAAGACAAGAAAUUAGUGCUCAGUGAUAUUUACCAGUGGAUUUUGGAUAAUUAUCCAUAUUUUAGGACUCGUGGGCCCGGUUGGAGAAACAGUAUCCGGCAUAAUUUAUCUUUGAAUGAUUGUUUUAUCAAAGCCGGCAGGAGCGCUAACGGAAAAGGGCAUUACUGGGCCGUGCACCCGGCGAAUGUGGAAGAUUUUGAACGCGGUGAUUUCAGGCGACGCCGCGCGCAAAGGAAGGUACGACGUCAUAUGGGUCUUUCUGUCCCUGAUGAUGACGAUAGCCCGACCCCCUCACCGACCCAGCCCUGGCCUCACCAUGAUCUGACCCCUGAACAUGACCGCAGCCAUCUUGAUUCUGUCGUGCAACUUGCCGGCGACCACACAAUGCGGCCGAUAACCGCAAACCCCGAAUCAGAACAUUUGAUACUGUCCCAUCAUGUCAACAACUACGGCCCUAUAGCCGUACACCCGCGUCGGCCGAGUAAAAAACGGCUUUUUGACAUGGCGAGUCUUCUCGCUCCAGAUGAUGAUGAAGAUGAAAUAGAUAAAAACAAAGACAGCUUAUCCUACCCCCAUCGGCCGUCGGUCCACCAAAUCCAUGGGUUCAUCCCCCACCCUAUUGCAUCAAUGUCACCACAAAACAUCAAAACCGAACGUAAAUCCAGCGCUGACAACUCUGAAGACUGCAGUGGUCAUUUGUCCAGUCUCGACCACAACGGCGACGCCAACAGCUGCAGCGGGAAGGACAUGUCCUACGACAGCGACGACGACAUGGACAACGACGGCGAGAUUCACGUGACGUCAGUGGAGAACUCGCCCUCACACGAUUUAGAUGGCGACUGUGAUAUCGAACGAGAUGACGACCACGGUGAUUACACUAAUCAAAAAGAUGAUUGUCUCAACAACCGGGGCGUCACGGAAAGUCGACAUUUCGACACAAGAGCGACAUCAUCUAGUCCAUAUACGACAAAAACAGACAAUGCUUUAGAUUUAACAUCAUCUCUACAACAAGCAUCUUGUAAUGACCCUAAAGAACAAAAUGACUCAAAAAAUGACUCGAUAUUCAAAAAUUCUAGUCAUAAUCUCGCCGGAAAUGACUCUGAUUCAAAGACACGGUCGGAGAACUUGCACGGUAACAAAGAUGGCGUCGGCUUUGUUAAAGGUCAAGGCCAUGCGUUAAAUCACAAAGACGAGGGUGACCGUGAGGUGAGCAGUGAUACGAUGACCGCUCGUGACGUGUACAGGUACAGCGAGGCGGACCUGGUCCAGCAUAGACAGCUCCGGGAGAUGGAGACCCCGGGGUCAUGUGACUCAGGGAAAGACUUCAUCAGCUCGCUGUCCGCUGGCAGGCGUGACCGGACAGUCUCAGACAGUCUGCAUUUUUUCCGGCCUGAUUUACCGGACCCCAGAAGGUUGGGGCAGCGCGGGUUCGAACCCGGUUACAACUUACCUGAAGGCGGAAGUCUGCUGGAGCUGGACCAGCGGGGUCAGGUUGACGUCAGGACCGGACCCCAAGACGGUCCCAACCCCAUGCCCGACCCUGCCCGAAUGACCGGGGACGCCCUGAGGUGGACGGAGCUCGGCAAGUCCUCCACCCCCCGGGACAGAUUGAGCGCGUUCAGCACGCUGGGGGUCAGGGGUCAUAUGUACUCACCUUACAUGAGGAACUUCAGCCUAGCACAGCACCGGCUCCUGCCCUCGGUCGUCUCCAUGAGGGGCGGGAACCCACCCCCAUUGCUGUCCACAACCCCCCAGUCGACGCCCCUGCCCAUGAUGAAAGGGAUGGAUGGAUUUAUACCCACCCCCGCUAAUAACAGUACCAUGGUCGGCGCCACUAAAGGGAGGAGCGGACCCAGAGAAUGAGACGACACAUACAACUAUGUUGCAGACAAACUUGGGUGCCAAGCUGAGACUUCACGUGUCUCCACAACCACUGAGGCAAAUGGAACGACAGGAGAAUAAGGAC